AUGAAACUCAAUUUUCUCGGUCUUUUCUCCCUCAUCCUCAUGUUUGAUCUCAGUCAACAGAGGGCAAAAGAUCAGAUACAGUGCUACGAUGGGCCAGAUCCACCCCCGGACCCGGAUUGCGCUGGGAUAUAUGAUCAGAUGGUCAUCUACGACAUCUUCAAAGAGACAGGCCAUCUCGACCACGAUGAAAUAACAUACACCCGAACAAAAGGACAAUGUACGUUCAUAAUAGAGACAAAAAAUACGGAGAGAAUCAGCCUUCACUACUCAGAUAUCUUGAAUGUAUUUGACUGGUCAAAAGGAACCUGUGCAGGAAAAUACGGUUCUGUGCAAUUGGUUCGACGUACUGCCUGCCCCCAUUGCGGUGGGGACGAAACAAUGUAUUUCCGGUUUGAAAAGGCUAUCAAUCCACCCCCACCACCUGCAUACGCACCUUUACCGCUCCCUAAUCCACCGCCUGUACCCGUUUAUGAUGAUUUAUGA